GUGUUCAUCAUCCACUGGAACGUAGCGGGGGAAUUACACAGCCCAAAGAACAUCACUGUUUUUCCGGGUACGAUGAAUGCUGCCUUCCAUUCGUCCCCUUUCUUGAUUCGGACGUUGUUGUAUCCGGCACAAAGGUCCAUCUUCGUGAACACCUUG